CGGUGUUUCGAUCAGAUCGCAGUAGUCGAUUUGACUCCAGCGGAUAUAUACAUUGUUAAGCUGGUAAAAGUAACAGCUGGAGUAGUAGUCUCUAAAACGCGAGCUUUCCAUACAAAAAUAUCAUUACUUGCCAUAGAAAUACUGGCAUACGAAAUUUUGUCGAUUUGAUGCAGUUAACGCGUGCUUAAACCUUUAAAAGCACUUUUUAACGCUUUUUAAAACUCUGCCUUCUUCUUACAACAAAAGUGGUGAUAGUCAAUUAAAUUAGUUUCAAAUUCUAUUCAAAUUCCUUAACGAAAAUGUAUAGAAUAAUAAAAUUAAUAUGCGCGUGUGCGUUACUAUGUCAAUAUGUCAGAACGGCAUCAGUAGUGCCUCAGUCAGCUAUUCAUGCAUUGAAUUCAACUGAUCUUGGUGUGGAAUUUGUGCCGCUGGAGGCAUCCACAACUGAGAAGGCUGAUAAAAGUUCCCCCGCUAAGAAGACAAUUGAGGAUGCUGCUUUUUGGCAUGAAAUUGCUAUGAAACAACUUAGAAAGACCUUGAAAGUGGCUAAGAAGGCCCAAGAAAAAUCUCGUAAAGCCAAAAACAUAAUAAUUUUCAUCGGCGAUGGCAUGGGAUUGACAACGAUAACUGCUGGGCGCAUUUUUAAGGGGCAACAUCUGAGACACGGUUUUGGUGAAGAAGAAAUGCUCGCUUUUGAUGAGUUUCCUUAUACUGGUCUAGCAAAGACUUAUAAUGUGGAUAAACAAGUUCCGGAUUCCGCUGGCACUGCGACAGCAAUGUUUUGCGGUAUCAAAACUGACUAUGGUGCCAUCGGUAUGGAUACGACCCGUUCCAAGGUGAAUGCUAAUCAGGGCCGAUUGAAGUCCAUAAUGGACUGGGCGCAAGCAGAGGGUAAACGCACUGGAAUAGUUACAAGCACUCGCAUAACUCAUGCAACUCCCGCGUCGACAUAUGCACGUAUCUACCAUCGUGAUUGGGAAUGCGAUACCAAAGUGCCUGCCGAAUCAGUUGGGAAGCAUGUGGAUAUUGCACGACAACUAGUGGAAAAUGCACCUGGUAAUAAAUUUAAUGUCAUUAUGGGUGGUGGUCUGUCACCGAUGGGCGCAUUGCGUGCCAACGAACCUAACACGGUGCGCUUUGAGGGCGAUACUGAGAAAGUUUGUACCCGAGGAGAUGGUCGAAACCUUGUGCAGGAGUGGCUUAAGCUCGGCAAUAAUGAAUCGCGGGUAUUUGUACAAUCGCAAGAGGAUUUGAGUAAAGUAAAUUUUAAAGACACGGAACAUUUGUUGGGUCUUUUCCGCAACAAUCAUCUCACAUAUGCCAUUGCUCGACAAGAGGGCGAACCGUCGUUAAAGGAAAUGACUCUUGCUGCUCUCCAAGUAUUGGAACGUGGUGACAAAUCGAAUGGCUUUGUGCUGAUGGUUGAAGGGGGUCGCAUCGAUCAAGCGCAUCAUCAAAAUUACGCUCGUGCAGCUAUGCACGAAGUACUUGAGUUUGAUAUGGCUGUUCAAGCUGCAAUGGAUAACACGAAUGAAAAAGAAACAUUAGUUAUUGUAACUGCAGAUCACUCGCACUCAGUCACACUUAAUGGCUAUCCGAAACGUGGUGCAGAUAUUCUCGGCUUUGCUAAUAAGACCACUGAACUCGUAGUGUACGAGACUAUCUCAUAUGCCAAUGGCCCUGGUUACUACGAGCAUUUGGCGAACAACAGCGUCGGAGCGAUUGGCGCUGAAGUUUGGUUACCACUUGAGGAAUUUACAACUAACCAACGCAUGUCACCAACAUACCGACACAGAGCCACAAUUCCUCUAAAUGAUGAGACUCACGGUGGUGAGGACGUCGUAGUGUUCGCAAAUGGACCGGGUUCUGAUUUGGUUCGUGGCGUUUUCGAGCAAAAUUAUCUGGCAUAUGUAAUGAGUUACGCUGGAUGCAUGGGCCCUGCUAAGGAUGCGGACGAUAGAUGUCAUGCCGGUUCAAGUGGGACGAUCUCGUUGAAUAAACAAAGUUUUGUGUUUAUGGGCACGCUGUUGUUGUUGCUAAAUUUAUUCUAUUCUUAAAGUGAAUUAAAAAGCGAUUUAUUGUAAUUUGUAACUGAGCUGAAACUUGCUAUUCGGCCUGUGUUUGUUAAUUUUUGUUGUUUUUAUGUUACAUUUUAAAUAUUUAAUGCUAAGAAUAAGUAGGAAAAAUUACUAUUGUAUUUGUGAUUAUAGUCCUAGGUAGGUACUUACUUUACCUAGAAAUAUAGUCGGCUAAAAGCAAAGCCUAA